GAAGAAGAAGAUGAGGAUUUCGGGUCUUUCGAUGAAGCCUCGUUUGAAGAAAUUGAGCCUACCAACAACGUGUCAGAUGAAACAUUACUUUAUCCUGCCUCAUCUGAGGAGCUCAGUUUAACAACAUCGAGAAUACUGCGGCUUUUAGAUUUGAUUGUACCCGUUCCCGGAACUAGCGAGCCGGCUGAUUGUGCACCCUUGUUGAGCAAGGAGGCUGAGUUACAGUUCAAACACCUCUCAAAACCACCAAGGCUUCAACCUCCUAACUGGACAAAACUGAAGCUCAGGCACAACUUAUUGCUUAGGCUCGGUAUUCCUAUCAAUUUAGACGAGUUGGCUCCCAGCGGGGGGUCAGGUGGAGUGAAACAUGAUAUCAAUAGAAAGAGUUUAAUCUCUGAAAGUGAUCUCGAUUGGUCUAGGUUCAACAUACCCGACAUUGAAAUUCUUAAUCUUACACAAGAGGCUCGGCAAGAUCUAUUAGGGAAAACUGCUGAAAUUCUCACGAAAAUAGAGAGGGAGAAUAUGGAGAACACCUCCGAACUACACUUACAGAGUAGUCUGUCCGAGGCUCUUGAGAGCAAGCUUUCGCAGAUGCGCAACAACCACGAUCAGUUGCUUAUGCUUAGCAGCCUAUGGCACGGGAAACUCGAAGAUCUCAAGGCAAGUCAAACUGCAUACGAGUCGGUGGUGCAGAGCAUGGUGGGCUACAAUCAAAAAAUACAGCGAAAUGAAUUGCUAGAAAGUCUACGCAGAUCCAAAACCAAGCGGGGAAAGAAG